UUGCUAAGGUUACCUCUGUGUAUAUAAGCUUUAUACUUCCUGAGUUUGAGUUAUGGUGUGGUUAGAUAGCUCACCUUAAAAGGGGAAGCACAGUUUGUGGUUAUAAACGCCCAUGACAGACUCUAUCAGCACGAAUCAUGAAUUGUUCUGAGUGUGAUGUGACACAUUUCUGACCUACUGAAGGUUUAGGUGUCACUCUCUAUCUCUUUUGUCCUCUUCUGAGCAGCCAUGGGAAGCCAUUUCUCCAUCAUUGACCGCAGCAAAAUGCCAUUGGGAGAGGAUGGACACUCUUGGAAAAAGAAAACAUCAAGCAUCAAAGAAAUCUAUGACUUCAAAGAGGUUUUGGGAACAGGGGCUUUCUCUGAGGUGGUGCUUGCAGAGGAGAAGAGGACGAGAAAACUAGUGGCAAUUAAGUGCAUCCCGAAAAAAGCUCUGGAGGGGAAAGAAAACAGCAUUGAAAAUGAGAUCGCUGUGCUCCACAAGAUUAAACAUGCCAACAUAGUUUCCCUGGAGGACAUCUUUGAGUGUAAAUCACACCUCUACCUUGUCAUGCAACUAGUGUCCGGUGGCGAACUCUUCGACAGGAUUGUGGAAAAAGGAUUUUACACUGAGAAAGAUGCCAGUAAGCUCAUACAGCAGAUCCUGGACGCUGUGAAAUACCUGCAUGACAUGGGCAUUGUGCACAGAGACCUGAAGCCGGAGAACCUGCUGUACUACAGUAUGGACGAAGACUCCAAAAUCAUGAUCAGCGAUUUUGGCCUGUCAAAGAUUGAGGGUUCGGGUAGUGUGAUGAGCACAGCAUGUGGCACUCCUGGAUAUGUAGCUCCUGAGGUCCUGGCACAGAAGCCGUACAGUAAAGCAGUGGACUGCUGGUCAAUCGGGGUCAUCGCUUACAUCCUUUUAUGUGGCUAUCCGCCAUUUUACGAUGAGAAUGAUGCCAAGCUCUUUGAGCAGAUCCUGAAGGCGGAGUAUGAGUUUGAUUCACCAUACUGGGAUGAUAUCUCUGACUCAGCCAAAGAUUUUAUUGUGCAUUUAAUGGAAAAAGAUCCCAGCCAGCGUUACACGUGUGAACAGGCUCUUCAACACCCAUGGAUCGCUGGAGACACAGCGUUGGAUAAGAACAUCCAUGAAUCUGUCAGUGCCCAAAUCAAGAAGAACUUUGCCAAAAGCAAGUGGAAGCAAGCAUUUAAUGCCACAGCUGUAGUUCGUCACAUGCGCAGGCUGCAGUUGGGAACCAGUCAGGAGGGCCAAAUGCAGUCCACCCUGCCCAGCCCGUGCCACGGACAGCUGCUGCUGCCCGAGGGAGAAGAGGAAGAGAGCUCUCUGCAUAGAGAAAAUAGUGGCUGUUCUGAGGGUGUCAGCGAAGGGAAUGACAUCCAGAACUGCACCUACCAUGUCCAUCCUACUAGUCGGGUCUGAGUGUCAAUCAUCCUGCGUUAACCAAUGACUGACUGUUGUUUUUCCACUGGAGUCCUGCCACACCCCCAGUCUGGCCAGGAAUACUGAGUAGCUCCAGCAUCCUGGUGCCUCCACUUGGAGGCACUGCAGUGUAAAGAACCCAGGUGGGAAUGGGGGCACUACUAUUCCAUUGGAGGGAUUCUGUUUAAUGAGAGUUCGAAAAGAAAAGAGACGAGAAGAUUGCCACUGGCGCUUCAUGGGUAAUAUAUGCUUUUGUGGGGCUGGAUAGAGAUUGGACAGUGUUUAACUGAUUUUUCAACACCGUCUACUUUCAUUUUUCUUUUCCUAAACUAAAAGUAUGCAGGCCUGUUUCUUUUUUAAUUCAAAAUGCAAGUUCUUGCCACAGUGGCUGUUGGUACAGUAUGUGGCCUAGUUUAAUACACAUAAAUUUUGGAUUAGGUUAUGCUAAAAUUGUCCAUUUUAAAUUCUCACCUUAAAAUUGUUAAAUAUUCUUUUUUUUUUUUUUUUUUUUUCAACUAAGAUUUUACAUCCACGAGUUUCGACAUUUUCGUUGUGUUGCCACAUCUCAGUUGCUUUGCUCUUCCAUAAGAAGUGCUGAUUAAGUGUAAAUUAUAUUUUAGUCUGCAUUUGAAACAUCUUUUUUUAACAUUUAACGUCUUUUUGCACACUAAGUCUACUCAACAGUUCAUAAAUUCAUUGUCAGUAUGUUUAAGAGCGUCUUUCUCGCUUCAGAUGUUUUCUGUGGUGCCUUCAUGGAUUCAGUAUCAAUGUUUUACUUUUUUUUAUUUGUUCAAACAUGUUUUGUUUCAUCUUUUCAGUUGGGACUGUUGAAUGCUGGACACGUUAAAACAGCUGUUUACCGUCAAAUUCACCUACAAGGCAUAUACGGCUAUUCUAAGCUAUGCACUGUCGGUGGAUGCUUUGUAAAUGUCUAACGUUUAAUGCUGCCAUCCUGUAAAUACUGCAAAGCUUCUUCUUUUUUUCUUUUUUUUUGCAAACCCCUUUCUAUUACAACAUUAAAAGUACUCAGGGGAGGAAUAGAAAUCAGAGAAUUUUGAUAUAUUGAAUGGUUGUUUUACAAGGAAAAAAACCUAUAGGAUACCUAAAACAUGUCACUACGAGGCUAUGGUCCAAAUUAUUUAACUAUAUUUGACAAUUUGGAUUCUUUUCAAUGUUGGAACAUGUAUGAAAGUAACCUCAUUAAAUGACAUGAAUGUAUGACUUGACUCCAAUUUUAUUGUUUUGUUUUGUUUUCAUUCACCCCCAUCCAGAAGUUUAAAAAGCAAAAAAAUUAGAUGGAAAAGCUGUUUCAUAAAAGUCACAAAAUAGGAAUCUCCAGAUGUUUGCGGAAUGAGUUUUCCACAGGUUUGUUGGAAGAUGGUGGUUUUCCAUAAUGCAUUGAAAGUUUUUUGUUUUGUUUUUAGGGUAUAUGAUUAUUUUCAAAAGUGUAUAUAUGCUGUUAAUUGCUUUGAAUGAACAUAAUAUAUAGUGCUAAAUUUUCAAACGAUACCAAAUGUUGUAGAUUUAUUGAUAUUGUAAAAGUAUCAUACAAAUAUCAUGUAAGUCCCAGUGCUGCUUGAUUUGUGACAGCAGUUUCAUAGACAAUUUGUCAUCUGUCUAUAAUGUUUGGAAUGGUUGUUGGAAGGUUCUCAUCACAACAUAGGUAGAACCAUGGGUUAAACUUUUCAUUCUGGUGCUGAACGGCUUUCAAAGAUCUGCAGAGAUCUGUUUACUAAUAGAUUUAUUACUUUAAAAAAAAAAACUAAGAAUUAUAUAUUUUAAUAACCAAUUAUAAGAUGAAAACAAAUGGUGGUUAAUUUAAUUAUUGAUUUUGUUCUAUAUCUGUAUCUGCUUUCUGAAUUUAUUUUAGAUGUGUGGUGAAGGAUGAAAUUAAAGUAUAAAACGGUUAUAGUGAAAGGCAAGGUGAAGAACAUUCUGUCAUGUGAUUUUGCCUGCAGUGUUGCUUACGCAGACUUCCUGUAUUGAUCAAGGUGCCAUUGUGAGAUGGUGGGUCAACGAAUAAAUUCAAUUGAACUAA